AUGGCCAUGGCUGCUGAAUUUUCUCCAUCCUUGUUGUCCACUUUGGUGAAGAUUCGCAUAGGCGUCAAUAAUAGAGUUCUGCUUUCGGUGGGAAAGAAAAUUCAGAUAGUAUCGAUAAGUGACAACUUUUUGCAAAAUUUAUCUGAUCCGACAUUAAGGGAAGCCGGCACAACCAGAAAUGGAAUGGUUAUGUUAUAUUGUAAAGAAAAAAAAAGUGAAUAUAGAAUUUAA